AUGUCCACCGCCAACGGCACGUCCGCCAACGGCAACCGCCCCGCCCAGGACCGCUCCAAUCUCAUCCCCUUCUCUUCCCGUCUCAAGGAGGGCAGAGCCUUGGCCCAGGAUGUCUGGUCCAUCUUCAAUGCCGCGAACCUGCCCGCGGACUGUAUCAACCUCGGCCAGGGAUACAUGAACUUUGCGCCCCCGGAGUGGAUCAAGACCGCAGCGGAGGAGGCCCUCAACUCGGUCGCGACGAACCACUACUCGCACCCCAAGGGCCGGAUGCGGCUGCGCGAGGCCCUCAAGGCACACUACGAGCCGGAGCUGGGCCGGAGCCUGGACGUCGAGUCUGAGAUCCUUGUGACCAGCGGCGCGAACGAGGGCCAGUACUCCGUCUUCGUCGCCUUCCUCGAGCAGGGCGAUGAGGUCAUCAUGUUCGAGCCCUUCUUCGACCAGUACCUGCCCUCGGUCACCUUCAACGGCGGCGUCCCCGUCUACGUCCCCCUCCACCCGCCCAUCGGCGCCGGCAAGCAGAGUGCCCACGAAUGGACGAUCGACUUCGACGAGCUCCGUCGCGCGCUCACGCCGCGCACGAAGAUGAUCAUUCUCAACACGCCGCACAACCCUGUCGGCAAGGUCUUCACCCGGCACGAGCUCGAGCAAAUCGCCGCCAUCGCCGAGGAGCACAAUCUCCUCAUCAUGUCCGACGAAGUCUACGACACCCUCGUCUUUGACGGCGAGCAGCACGUUCGCAUCGCAACCCUCCCCGGCAUGUGGGACCGCACCGUCACCGUCGGCUCUGCAGGCAAAAUGUUCGCCGCGACGGGCUGGCGUGUGGGCUGGCUUAUUGGGCCCCCAUCCAUCAUUCAGCCCGCGCUUGCCGCCACCACGCGCAUCGUCUUCUGCAGCAACUCGCCGCUGCAGGAGGCGUCUGCCGUCGGCAUUGAGCAGGCCAAAAACCGUGGCUUCCUCACCCAGCAGUGCAAGGAGUACCAGGAGCGCCGGGAUAUCUUGACGUCGGCGUUCGACAGCCUCGGGAUGAAGUACACUAACCCGCAGGGGGCGUACUUCACGCUGCUGGACAUCUCCAACCUCACAUGGCCAGAAGACUACCCCUUCCCGCCGACCGUGCUCGGGCGCGGUAGGGACUUCCGGGCAUGUUGGUUUAUCGCAAUGGAGAUCGGAGUAUCGUCGAUUCCCGUCAGCGAGUUCUACUGCGAGGAACACACUUCUAUCGGAGAGUCCUACGCCCGAUUCGCGUUCUGCAAGGACGUGGAUACGCUCAAGCACGCGGUCGAGCGGUUGCAGAAUAUGAAGCAGUACCUCGCAUGA